AAAUAACCAUAGGGGAUAUUUGCCCUUUUCCCAACUUAAAAUAAAGGCCCUUUUGAGUGGCGAAGUGCAAAAACUUACCGCCAUUGCUUCAUCCUCCAUUCUGCACGGCUAAAACCCAACCACCAUGGAUGAACCAAAAAUCGCAUUUAAAAAUGUUCAUAGCAGAGAGUACCAAGGCCACAAAAAGAAGGUGCAUUCGGUGGCUUGGAAUUGCAGUGGCACAAAGCUUGCAACUGCUUCUACUGAUCUGACUGCUCGUGUUUGGCACAUCGAGCCGCACGCUCAUGCUAAAAUGAAACACAUCGAAUUGAAGGGUCAUACUGAUAAUGUGGACCAGCUUUGUUGGGAUCCUUUACAUGCUGAUCUCCUAGCAACUGCAUCAACUGACCACACUGUUCGUCUUUGGGAUGCUCGUAGUGGAAAAUGUUGUCUGCAGACAGAGCUUAGUGGGGAGAAUAUAAACAUCACCUACAGGCCUGAUGGAACUCACCUAGCUGUUGGGAACAGGGAUGAUGAGCUAACGAUACUGGAUGUUCGCAAAUUUAAGCCAAUGCAUAGGCGCAAAUUUAGUUAUGAGGUAAAUGAAUUUGCUUGGACUUUGACAGGAGACAUAAUCCUCUUGACAUGCGGGAAUGGUACCGUUGAGGUGCUAGCAUACCCAUCGCUUCAACCAAUUGACAGAGUCAUGGCUCAUACGGCUGGUUGUCAUUGCAUUGCAGUAGAUCCAAAAGGAAGAUAUUUUGCUGUUGGAAGUGCUGAUUCCGUAGUUAGCCUUUGGGAUAUUUCAGAGAUGCUUUGCAUGCGAACAUUUACAAAACUUGGAUUGCCUGUCAGGACUGUCAGCUUCAACUACACAGGAGAUUAUAUUGCUUCUGCCAGUCGAGAAAUGUUCAUCGAUAUAUCCAAUGUUCAGACUGGCCGCUCAGUGUAUGAGAUCCCCUGUCGAGCUGCAAUGAACAGCGUGGAAUGGAAUCCUAAGUACAAUUUACUUGCAUAUUCUGGGGAUGACAGGAACAGAUAUCUUGUUGAUGAAGGUAAUUUUAGAAUAUAUGGUUUUCAAAGUUCCUAGAUGAUAGCAGACGACUCAGAGAGGCAUUUUGGCUGUAACAUUAGUAUUAGAGUCUCAUUCCGUGUAGUUGGCCUUACAUUAUUUGUUCAACAUCAAUUAUGCAUUUGUUAUAUUUGAUCUUGUUGGCAAUAUGUGCAUUUUUUAGCAUUA